CGUCAAUCGGCAGUAGUUAGUCGAUUGCUGACCGUCGAGGAAGGUUUAUCUCUCUCCGGAAAAACGUUGUCUCGUUCGCGAAGAGUAUAAACAGAGUUAGAUACAAAGAAACUGAGUAGAUUGUUUUCAUCCUUCGUUGAGAAAUAUAAUAUAAAUAUUCGUCAAUAUCAAUUAUACGUUCAGUUCGCAAUACGACGUGCUGCAGAGAUAACCCUUUUCCAUAUCCCGUUGCUCUUUCACAUUUUCUUUAAUUCUUACUUGAAAAGAUAAAGAUAGAAAAAAAUAAAUAGAAUUUUAAAGUGAAUCGAUCGACGAUUGAAGGAAGUCAAAGGCCAAAACGAUGAAUACGAUGGUACAUGCUUUGUACAUCGCAGCAUUAGUGCUAUUUUUCAAGAACACGAAUGCACAGGAAAGAUGUGUAACGCCUACGAAAAACAAUGGUAUUUGUAUUAACAUAAAGAAUUGUACACAAAUUGUUAAUAUUCUAAUUAAUCAAAAGCCUUUGACACAAGAAAUUCAAGAAUUUCUAAGAGCAUCGCAAUGUGGUUUCGAGGGUACGAUUCCAAAAAUUUGCUGUGCUGAUCAAGUUUUAACAGGUACUUCUACAAAUCCAAUUGAUCUCCCAGAUGUUUCCGAUCUUCCAGAUGUAUCGAACCAUCCAAAUUUACGAAUCUUAAACCAUAAUAUUUGUGGUCCUUUAACUAAAAGUAAAAUCAUUGGUGGCAACAAAACUGGUGUCUUUGAUUAUCCGUGGAUGGCUCUUCUAGCUUAUUCCACAGGGAGAUCAAAUCCGGAAUUUCGAUGCGGUGGUUCCUUGAUUACUAAACGAUAUAUCCUUACAGCUGGCCAUUGUGUUAGCUCUUUACCUGAUGAAUUAAAACUGAUAGGCGUGAGGAUAGGGGAACAUGACCUUAGUACGGAACGUGACUGUGAUAAAGAUGAAAAUGGGAUCGAAGUUGCUUGUGCGGAAAGGUAUCAAGAUUAUGAUAUUGAAAAUACAUACGUUCAUCCGGGAUACACGAAAACGAAACUUCAAAAUGAUAUCGCCCUGAUACGAUUGAACGGCGAUGCUGAUUUCAGACCGAGAAAUGUUAAACCGAUCUGUUUACCAAUCAAAAGUUCUAUAACACCUCCGAGAAAGUUCAUCGUCACAGGCUGGGGUGCAACAGAACUUGGCACACGAAGUAAAGAUCUAUUACAAGUUGGUCUGACACCGGUAGCCACUGAAGAAUGCAAAGAGGUUUAUAAGAGUAAAGCUGAAAUUUGGUAUAAGCAAUUAUGCGCUGGUGGAAAAAGAAAUAUGGAUUCUUGUCUCGGAGAUAGUGGUGGACCUCUUCAAGCGCCUGGAUUAUAUAACAAUAACGCUCGAUUCAUUCAAUAUGGAAUUGUCAGUUUCGGAUUAAGAAACUGCGGUACAGAAGGUUUUCCAGGCGUAUAUACUAAUGUUGGAUAUUAUAUGGAUUGGAUUUUAAAUACUAUAAGGGAUUAAUUUAAUCUGUUGCAUAUCAUUUUGUACUUUUUUAUUAAAAUUUUUUUUUUGUAGUGGUAACACUGGUAUUGUUACAGUAAAUUAGAAGAAAUUAUUCCUAUUUAAUUAAUUAUUUUUAAUUUUCUAUUCAAUUUAUAAAUCUCGUACCGAGAAAUAUAUAUCUAUAUGAAGAACAUGUCCUUGUCCCCCC